CCGGCCUCUUCUUCUCAUCCAUAUUCACCAUCGGUUUCUUCCUUAGGUUUCUUCUCCUGAGAGGCAGUAGCAGGGGUUCUUCCCAUCAUGGGGACUCGCUUAGUUCCUCGGGAAACUGCAGCUCUUCUCGGUGCUUUCGUUGCGCUUCUGGCCGUCAGCUUCGGCGCCGUGGCGGCGCCGGCGCCGCUCGUGGUUGGCUCCAUCAAGUGCUUGGAUUGCUCUCCCGACGACGUCAAAGCUGAGGAUGCGUUCAGAGGGCUUCAAGUAGGCAUCAUGUGCAACUCCGGCGCCGGCGAGGCCUACGAGACGAAGAUGCUCAGCGGCCUCGACGAGAACGGCGGCUUCAGCAUCCCGCUCGCCGCCGACCUCCUCCGCGACGACGGCGAGCUGGACAAGGACUGCUUCGCACAGCUCCACAGCGCGCCGGAGACGCCGUGCGCCGGACAGACCCCGCCCAGGAUCGCCAAGGCCGGGCCUGGCAACGACACCAUCGCCGCCGCCGCCGCUGACGCCGCGCCGACCUACCUCGCGGUCUCCGACGACACGUUAUUCUCUCCCGUCGCGUGCAAGUGCGGCAAGUACAAGAAGAAGUUCAUGUUCGCCCCGCCGCCGCCGCCGCCGCCCAGGCCACCGGCCCCGGAGUACAAGCCCCCGACACCGACACUGACUCCGAUUCCGACGCCGGAGCCAUCGUACGGGCCACCGGCGCCGAAGCCACCAGCUCCGCCGGUGGAGGACGAGCCGCAGCCGUUCUUCCACAAGCACCCGAAGCUCAAGUUCAUGCACAAGAAGAAGCCGUGCCCGCCGCUCGUCGACGUGGACAUUCCCCGGCCCAACAACUGAGCUGCACGCGACACGACGCAGCAAAGCUCGAUCUAAUUAAGGAUGCCGUCGAGUCGUUGUAGUUUGUGUUUGUCACGUCGCAGUUUUCGUUAGUGUUUUGUUUGGUUUGGUUCGUGCUGUUUGUGCUGGCAUUGCAGUUUCAGACUUUCAGUUCGUUGCUUUGUUUGUGAAAUAAAGAUUGUGGUCUAUUCAGAGGGUAUCGAUCUCUCUAGCCCAGAGUUCUUAA